AUGCAGCUCCCAACACUGCAGCAGCAGCAGCAGCAGCAGCAGCAGCACAGCAACAUCAACAACACAACCAGCAGCAGCAACAACGACAACAGCAGGAACAACAGCAACAGCAGCAACAACAGCAGCAGCAACAACAGCACCAACAACAACAACAACAACAACAACAACAACAACAGCAGCAGCAGCAACACAAGCAGCAGCAGCAGCAGCAGCAGCAGCAGCAGCAGCAGCAGCAGCAAUGUCUGCUGCAUCACCUCUGGCAAUGCUAUAACGCGCUGA